AGGAAAAAUAUUCUCCUCGUUAGAAUCGCGCGGGUUGCAAAGUCGACAGCAUGACGUCACCUGUGUAGCACACUAGCGCACUACUAGCGCACCCUUCGCGUCAACAGACGAACUCGGGACUGCGUUUGUUUCGUCUGAUUUUUUAAUUCGAAUUAAAGGAAUCAUUUCAAGCACCGACCAUUCUUCCUGAUAAAUAAUUCCUGAUAAUAUGGAUCCAGCAUUGUUGAGGGAGCGAGAGCUCUUUAAGAAAAGGGCCCUAACUACGCCAACCGUCGAGAAGAAAAAGAAGGAACAAGAAAAAGAUACCAGUCGUGAUGAUCCCCAUAAAAAAAAGCCAAAACCUUCGACAGUUUCGACCGGACCAAAGUUGGAUAUGGUCAAUUACAAAACCAUGGCCGGGAGUACCCAAUACAAAUUUGGUGUUUUGGCAAAAAUAGUUAAGCAUAUGAGAGCCAGGCAUCAAGAUGGGGAUGAUCAUCCGUUAACUUUAGAAGAAAUCUUGGACGAAACUAAUCAAUUAGACGUAGGAUCUAAAGUAAAAACGUGGCUUCAGACGGAGGCAUUGUUAAAAAAUCCUAAAAUAGAUGUUACACCGGAUGGUAGGUUUGCGUUUAAAGCUAUGUAUAAAAUUAAGGACAAGAAAUCGCUUUUGAGACUUUUAAAGCAACAAGAUCUGAAGGGACUUGGGGGAAUUUUAUUAGAAGAUAUACAAGAAAGUUUACCGCAUUGCGAUAAGCAUUUAAAGAGCUUACAAAACGAAAUAUUACUUAUAACGCGGCCUCUUGACAAAAAAAAAAUCGUCUUUUACAACGAUAAAACGGCUCAUUUUCCUAUCGACGAGGAAUUUCAAAAAUUGUGGAGAGCCGUGGCGGUAGAUGCAAUGGACGACCAGAAAAUUGACGAAUAUCUGGAAAAACAGGGAAUCAGAUCGAUGCAAGAUCAUGGCCCGAAAAAAUUGGCACCCGUUAAAAGAAAGAAGCCGAAUACUAAGAGGAAACAGUUUAAAAAGCCAAGAGACAAUGAACAUUUAGCGGACGUUUUAGAGACUUACGACGACGCUAAGUAAAUGAUUCGUAUUAUCUGUAAAUAUCUACGUAAUCUUGAGCGAUGGCUGUGUUUGUUCGUGUGUCUGUGAAAAAUAUGAUUGGAGAGUCUAACUGGAUAUAGAGUAACACAUCUCUUCGAUACUAUAAUAAAUAAGUAAAAUAUUUAUUUCACAUUUUCUUAUUGUAAGUACAAAAUAAAUAUCUAUAAAUCGAUCGUUACACCUUUGACCAUUUUUGCCAAAUUUUAGCCGUGGUAGGUGUCUGUGCUUAAUAUCCAAAAGCCUUGGAUCGAACCGAAGAUUAUAAACCAAUCGAUGAUGGACCUUUCCAAAGUCGUGAAUUUAUUAACACUUUGCCGUUAUUUCUCGAUACCGUUUACCAACCUACGACAAAGCCUACAGCCUUUAAU